AUGAUUACUCUUCCCUUCAUAUUCCUCUUUUCAUAUUUCUUCUUUUCAUCGCCAACAUACUCUAAAUCGCCUAUCGAGACUACUCAGCACUGCUCGUUCACUGGACUGGGUAUCGUAGCUAAAGGUCUAUCUACAUCCGAGGGAGCAUGUAGGUAUACAGUAAGGUAUGGAAGGGCAGAGAGAUGGGGUGAGAGCGAAUUCGCAUUGGGUGAUAUCAAGAAUCAAUCUUUCUCGGAUUUACCCCCAUCGUGUCCUCAAUCACCUGGGAGUUACGUAUCGGGCAAUGAACAAAAUGAGGAUUGCUUGCUCGCUACUGUAUAUAUCCCUCAAUCAGCUACUCUGCUUUCGAAAUUACCUGUCUUCGUAUGGUUACACGGUGGUUCCUAUAUUACUGGAUCAGCUUCUGCACCUGGUUUAGAUGGAUCGAAAUUGGCUGUCCAAGGGAAUAUCAUAGUUGUGGUCUUACAAUAUCGUCUAGGUGUACUGGGUUUCUUACCUCCUUCAUCUGCAUCAUCAUCCUCAGAUCCCAAUCUGGGUUUAAGAGAUGUCACACUCGCUCUCAAAGGCAUCCAGAAGGGAAUAGGUUUCGUAGGUGGCGAUGAAGAUAGAGUGACGAUUGGUGGACAGAGUAGUGGAGCUGGAUUGAUAAGGGCGUUGUUGGGAGUUCCAGAUGCGAAAGGAUUAUUCAGAGCUGCUAUCAUCCAAUCUGAUCCCAUGUCGUACGGUAACUCUCCAACUUCUAUCACAACCAAAUUACAAAAUGCGUUUUACAGUCAAGAACCUAUGAAUAAAUGUACAGACCUGAAAUGUCUGCAGAGUAUUCCCUCAGCUUCGAUCAUCGCUGCUCAAAACGUAUUGCUUUCGACUGCUCCGUUGAUGAUUGAGGGGUUACCCAUAUCGAUGCCCAUCCGUCCAACAUUUGGUAAUCCCACUUUACCCUCCGACCCUACAGUCUCUUUAUUCACUUCCCCCUCUGACCUACCUCUAUGGGAUAUCCCACUACUCAUCACGACAGUGGCCAACGAAGCAGGUACGGCUGUCUCCGAGAUUUUCCCCGCUCCAGUAACAUUAUCGCAAGAUAAUUAUUACGCCACGUUAGCAGCGACUAUCGGUGCCGAGAGAGCAGAGAUCCUAUCUUCAUCAAGGGAGUAUGGUCUACCGAAUGCAACGGGGUAUGGAGAAGGUGGGGAUGUCUUCAGAGAGAAGUACGAGAGAGCAGCGACGGAGGGAAUAUGGACUUGCCCCAAUAGGGAUGUUGCGGAGCAGUGGAGUAGGAACGGGGGAAAGGUAUGGGUAGGUCAAUGGAAUAAAGGGGUCACGUAUCCUUCGAAUGACAAUAAUGGGUAUUGUAAGUCGAAAGGAAGGGAUUGUCAUGAAGAUGAUAUCUAUCCUACUUUCGGUACUUCACCUGAUACAUCUGAUGGAGUGACCUCUUUAGAAGAAGACAUUCUCUCAUACUGGACAUCGUUCAUCACCACCCUCAACCCCUCUCCAUCAACUACCAAACGGGAUAAUAUCGAUUGUCGUCGAUCUCUCGGAGAAUGGUUCUCAUGGUUAUGGCCUUUCAAACGAGCCAUUGUUCCCCAGAGGAGCUCGAGCUCGAGCUCCGAGAACUGGUCGCCUUAUAUUUCAGAAGACGACGUCUUGGCUAUUGGUGGUGGGCAGAUCAGUAGGUGUCCAGAGGGAUUUUGGGGUGAGAAAGCAAAAUACGAUUGGCAAUUAAAUGGAAAGUAG